CUUUGGUGCCUGUGAGUGUGUGUCGUUUCUCUCUCCUGUGUAAGAACACAGCUGCCUGCCGGUCUCCGGCUGGCUGUUGCAGCUUCUCUGACUAGCUUUUCGCAGCCUCCUGCCUCUCCUUCUCUUUCCGCUUAGCUCCUUGUCUUCUGAUACUACUCCCAGUAUGGAGGUGAAUCACUCUGUACAGCUCUCAGGAGAACCCCAGUCAACACCUCCAGGGGACAGUUCAUCAUUACUGAGUCAAAAUGGCCUGGAGAAGCAAGAUGAUAAGGAUUCCUCAACCACACUCCAAACAAUAGAGGAUAAGGCAAGUGUGCAGUCUGAACAGGGAGUUCAAGAUAUCUCUGAGGAACUAAAUCGACAACUGGAAGACAUCAUUAACACCUAUGGGUCUGCUACUGAAAAAGAGGGUCCCGGCAAGGCAAAGGAGCCUGAGAACAUAGAACCACUGGACAAUGAGGAUUUGGAAGGUGAUGAAGCCACUGAAGAGACUGAGAGAGAACCCUUGUCUUCUGGAGAACCAACCACAACCAAAGAGCCUGUCAGCAAUAAAGAGCAAAAAUUGGAAAAGAAAAUCCUUAAAGGAUUAGGCAAAGAAGCCAACGUGCUGAUGCAAAAUCUGAACAAGCUGCAAACACCUGAAGAAAAACUGGAUUUUUUACUCAAGAAGUAUGCUGAAUUGCUGGACGAACACCGCACUGAGCAAAAGAAGUUAAAGCUCUUACAAAAGAAACAGGUACAAAUCCAAAAGGAAAAGGACCAGUUACAAAGCGAGCACAGCAGAGCUAUCCUGGCAAGAAGCAAACUGGAGAGUCUAUGCCGGGAGUUACAGAGACACAACAAGACACUGAAGGAGGAAACCCUUCAGCGGGCACGAGAGGAAGAAGAGAAAAGGAAGGAGAUCACAAGUCAUUUCCAGACCACUCUGACGGAUAUCCAGGCCCAGAUUGAACAGCAGAGUGAGAGAAAUAUGAAGCUGUGUCAGGAGAACACAGAGCUUGCAGAGAAACUGAAAAGCAUCAUUGAUCAGUAUGAGCUCAGAGAGGAGCAUCUGGACAAAAUAUUUAAACACAGAGAACUGCAGCAGAAGCUGGUGGAUGCAAAACUGGAACAGGCCCAAGAAAUGAUGAAGGAAGCCGAGGAGCGACACAAACGCGAGAAGGAAUAUUUGCUGAACCAGGCAGCAGAGUGGAAACUUCAGGCCAAAGUGCUGAAGGAACAAGAGACAGUCCUACAGGCUCAGCUUACCCUCUACUCUGGAAGAUUUGAAGAGUUCCAGAACACACUAACAAAAAGCAAUGAGGUGUUUGCCACUUUCAAACAAGAAAUGGAUAAAACAACUAAGAAAAUGAAGAAGUUAGAGAAGGACACAGCCAUGUGGAAAGCCCGGUUUGAGAACUGCAACAAAGCUCUGCUGGACAUGAUUGAAGAGAAAGCGCUGAGAGCUAAAGAAUAUGAGUGCUUCGUCAUGAAAAUCGGGAGGCUGGAGAACCUCUGUCGAGCUUUACAAGAAGAGAGAAAUGAACUGUACAAGAAAAUUAGAGACGCAAAAAUGCCUGAAACGGAUGACCGAGGUCAGCACACCUCCGACGAAGAGCCCGAGUCCGCCGUGUCUGGGGGCGUGGGGGUUGAUACAAAGGAAGCUGAGAGCGUUCACGACGCUGUGAAAAACCUGGCCACAGCCUUCAUGGUCAUUCAUCAUCCAGAGUCAACCCCUGACCUGGCCAGAGAAAGCCAACCAGAAUUCCGCAGUCCUCAAGGGGGCGCUGACUCAGCCCUGCGGGAGCCGGAACAGCCCCCUCGGAGCCCCUUAUGCCCUUCCCUGCCUCCCCCAACUCCUCAGGCGGAAGCCGAAGGAAGCCGUGAGGCAGAACUGCCCCCCAGGCCCGGGAAUCCCCCCGCCGGGUCGGAAGCACAGGCCCAAGACCGGGGUCUCCCUGCAGCAGCCCAGGCUGACCAGCCAACCCAGAAGCCAGAGGCAGAAGCUUCCAGUCAGGCCCCGCAGUCCCCCGCCGAGGCUCCCCUAUCAGCAAUGGAAGCAAAUGAUCAGGCCCCACCAGCCAGGCCAGGUGAGCAGACUCCAGCAGCGGUGCUCGCAUGUGGGCCCAGGAGGCCACCGCCGCCGCCCCCACCCCCACCCGAAGCAGCGCCAGAGGGGCUGCCCCAAGGGGCCGACACCAACCUGGAAGGAGUAGACUAAGCCUCACUGUGCUUCCGAAGCUCUUCUUCCUGCCGGUACAUCAUCAUAACAGAUUGUCUUCUGAAAAGGCAUUAAGGGCUAGGGAUGUCUAAGGGAAGAGACUUAAUUAGAAUCAAGACAUUUUCAAAUGUUGUGCAGAGCACUCUCAGCCUGUGCUAUUUGUUCUCAAUUUAUAACCCAUUUGCAGCUUUUCUGUUUAACGCUGGUUGAUAGUAUAAUUUUCCCAAAUGGCAACAAAACAUACAAAUAGAAAAUUCAUAUUAGUUCUCCAUUGAGAUGGUAUUUAUUUCAGUUUCUUAAUCAACAAUUAGAUUUGGUGUUUCAACACUUCCACUACAAUAUAUAAAUAUAGAAAAAUGUGAUGUUUCAUUUUAUUUCCCUAUAUAGUUUUGAUAGGUUCCAUAGCAAGUAAUGGAUGUCCAGGUUCCAUGUAGGUAUAUACAUAAUAUAUGCAUACAUAUGGAUGUGUCUGAAUGUAUA